AUGAUAAGGCGAAAAACUAAUAAAAAGCCUAUUGAAGACCCAGUUGUGAAAAUGAAUGCAUGGGUCGAAAGGGCGAUCAAGCUUUCUGAGGAAUGCUCAUUUAAAUACCAAUUUUCUACAAUGAUCAAAGGUGGGCAUCAAGCAUUAUCCCAUGAUAUGGUUGAGAGAAUUUUCAAAAGGAUCGAGAACAGCAUACAAAAGAUAUCAGCACUGUGUGAUUUAAUUGAAACAGUUGAGAUAAAUGAUCCAGCUAUCAUCAUAAUAAAAGAACAAUUUUUAGAAUUUCUAAGGCUACAUGUGGAUGCUUUAGAUAAAUGCAAUAUAUUGAAAAAACAAAGUAUUGUAAGAACUAUAGAAAAUAUAAAAAAUGCUGACAGAAAGGAUGAACAGAAUGAGAGCGAUGAGUCUGAAUCUGAAUAUUCUUCAGAUUCUGAUUUUACAAAAAUAUAA